CAAGUCCAGGCCAGAGCUGCAGGCUGCCUGACAGACAGCCACCACAAAACAUGUCAGCUCAUUCCUUUUCAACAACAACAAGUCAGACUAGGUUUUGAUUACAAUGCUAUUUGGUGGCAUCUUGAUAUCACGUAGAAUUCUCAGGCUGGAGACAGAAGUGACACUCAACCUACAGAAGGUGUCUUAUUCUCUUUUGUCUUCUUCCUGGUAUUCAGUGCAUUGGAUCUAAGAAGAGGACUCAUUAAUGCAGGAGAAAGAUCGUUGUCUACAGUUACAUCCGGCUAGACAGCGUUAGCAGCAUGGCCAAGGGAACCAAAACCAAACAGACUAAAGGGAAGAAACUCACCCUGAAAAUGGUUCAGAACUGCAUGGAGCUGACACUGGAUGGUAAACGACGACUGGACCUCAGUUUCAAGGAGAUCACCACCGUGCCAAAAUGCAUCCAGAAACUGCAUGACAUGGACCAGCUGUACCUGAGCAGGAACCUGAUCAGAACAAUUCCAGAUUUUAUUGAUCAGUUCAGCAGCAUCACUGUUUUGGAUCUUCACAGCAACUAUCUGGAGCAUAUCCCUGUGACUGUCUGCCGCCUGCAGAACCUGCUGGUUUUGAAUCUGUGUAACAACCGUCUGACGAGCCUUCCCCACGAGAUUGGCCUGCUAAAGAAGCUUCACGUGCUCAACCUAGGUCUCAACCAGCUGGAAGCUCUUCCCACCUCCAUCGCUGCCUUGAAGGAGCUCCGCCACAUUGGCCUCUCAGACAACCGAUUCACCCAGGUUCCCCUAUGCCUCUCGAGGCUCAGCAAACUGGAAAAGGUCAAUCUGGACAGGAACCCCAUUCUUACUGAGGACGCACCCAGCCACAAGCUAAUGACAGUAACAGAAAGCCUUUACCUGGUCAAAGAGAGCCUGCUGUGUGAGGACUGCCUGAGUAAGUGCCAGACUGAGAGGAAGAAGAUGGAAGAUGCAAUGAAAAGAAAAGAGCCCAAAUUACUGAGCCUUUCCAACUUGGUAACCCAGCAAGACAGGGGGGUGUAGGGUUAGAUUUUCAAAAACAUUCAGACGAGGCAUGUAUGAACAUUCAUUAUUCACUAUUUAUUACUAUUUUUAUUUGACCUCAUUGCAAACUCAUGCAACUGGGAGGCUGAUUCAUACUGUGCUGUAAUAAAUUGAGUAGCUUUAACUUACACUACAUCACCAUCUGUUGGUUUAGCACUGACAUUAAGGUUUAUCAAAUGUCCUUAAGCUAUAACAACAUAAAGCAUCAUAUUGUA